AUGAGUGAAAGGAGAAGAUCUGCAGUCGCCCUGAGCUCCAGAGCACAUGCCUUCUCCGUUGAAGCCUUGAUCGGCUCAAAUAAAAAGCGGAAGCUGCGAGACUGGGAGGAGAAAGGGCUGGACCUGUCCAUGGAGGCGCUGAGUCCCGCAGGCCCACUCGGAGACACAGACGACCCGGCGACCCACGGCCUGGAGCCCCACCCGGAUUCUGAGCAGAGCACUGGGUCAGACUCCGAGGUGCUCACUGAGCGGACCUCCUGCUCCUUCAGUGCUCACGCUGACCUGGCGUCUGGUGCUGCAGGCCCAGUGCCUGCUACCAUGUCUACCAUGGAGGAGAUUCAGGUGGAGCUACAAUGUGCUGACCUCUGGAAGAGGUUCCAUGAUAUUGGAACAGAGAUGAUCAUCACCAAAGCAGGCAGGAGGAUGUUUCCCGCCAUGAGAGUGAAAAUCACUGGCCUGGAUCCCCACCAGCAAUACUACAUAGCCAUGGACAUUGUACCUGUGGACAAUAAAAGAUACAGAUAUGUGUACCAUAGCUCCAAGUGGAUGGUAGCUGGCAAUGCUGACUCCCCUGUGCCUCCAAGGGUUUAUAUACACCCAGAUUCCCUGGCGUCUGGAGACACCUGGAUGAGACAGGUGGUUAGUUUCGACAAGCUUAAGCUGACCAACAAUGAGCUGGACGAUCAAGGACAUAUCAUUCUGCACUCUAUGCACAAAUACCAGCCUCGAGUCCAUGUGAUCCGCAAAGACUUCAGCAGCGAUCUCUCACCCACCAAGCCUGUGCCUGUAGGGGACGGGGUGAAGACCUUCAACUUUCCUGAGACGGUGUUCACCACUGUCACCGCCUACCAGAACCAGCAGAUCACCAGAUUAAAAAUCGACCGAAAUCCCUUUGCUAAAGGAUUCAGAGAUUCUGGAAGAAACAGAACUGGACUCGAAGCCAUUAUGGAGACGUAUGCAUUCUGGAGACCUCCUGUACGCACCCUGACUUUUGAGGACUUCACCACCAUGCAAAAGCAGCAAGGGGGCAGCACAGGUACUUCCCCUACCACCUCCAGCACGGGGACACCGUCCCCUUCGGCUUCUUCUCAUCUCUUAUCUCCAUCCUGCUCCCCUCCAACUUUUCAUUUGGCCCCCAAUACUUUCAAUGUGGGCUGUCGAGAAAGCCAGCUGUGUAAUCUGAAUCUCUCCGAGUAUCCACCAUGUGCCCGAAGCAACAUGGCUGCCUUGCAGAGCUAUCCAGGGCUGAGUGACAGUGGCUACAACAGGCUCCAGAGUGGCACAGCUUCAGCCACCCAGCCCUCUGAAACCUUCAUGCCUCAGAGGACUCCAUCUCUGAUCUCAGGAAUACCAACACCUCCCUCGUUGCCUAGCAACAGCAAGAUGGAAGCCUACGGUGGCCAGUUGGGGUCCUUCCCCACUUCCCAGUUUCAGUAUGUCAUGCAGGCAGGCAAUGCAGCGUCCAGCUCCUCAUCGCCGCACAUGUUUGGUGGCAGCCACAUGCAGCAGAGCUCCUACAAUGCCUUCUCCCUGCACAAUCCCUACAAUCUGUAUGGAUACAAUUUCCCCACCUCCCCCAGGCUAGCUGCAAGCCCAGAAAAACUGAGCGCAUCUCAAAGCACUUUACUCUGCUCUUCUCCUUCCAACGGGGCCUUUGGAGAGAGGCAGUACCUGCCCACAGGGAUGGAACACGGCAUGCAUAUGAUCAGCCCUGCAGCUAACAGUCAGCAGGCUGCCAACGCCUGCGAUGGGCGCCAGUAUGGGGCAGUCCCAGGCUCCUCCUCCCAGAUGUCCGUACACAUGGUUUAA